GUUCCGUUUAGUGCGCAGACGAAGUUGUCGUCAGGCUUUGAUGCCAGUGUGUGUGUGUUUCGGAGUUUGGGUGUUUCAGUAGCGGCACCGUGGUGAUAAGUUGCUGUGGUUUUGUCACUGUUAUGCUUCAGAGCGAACCCCCUUGGAGUCCGUUGGGGGGUCGGUAGUGUGGUGAGAACGUGGUUGGAGCGGUUGUCUCGGGAGCACGUCCGAGGCUGCAGGUGGAGUCGGCGAUCCUCGUAUUGUGUGUACCGGAUCAGGUGUGCGCAGCUGGGAGUAAUCUUCCUAAUGCACCUGGCUUGCUGGGCGGUGCCACGCCCAGUUAUAUCUGGGAGAGGGCUGCGCGUCUCGUACGUGCGUCCUCUUUCCUGUUCCUUGAGCCGGAGGUCUACAUCAAUAGCGUGGAUUUGCGUGGUGGUUUUGAGACGCUGGCUGUCGAGCUUUCGCUAUUUCCUGUCCUCAGGAGCUGUUGGGCCAGGUGGCUGGUGGCUGACUGAUUCCCCCGGCGGUGGUGGUCCCUUCACUCCCUGUACAGUAGUGCACUUGGGUGUCCAUCAAUGAUUUUGUUUUGUUCAUGUGUGGUGUGGUGCAUCAAGACCCUUCCCUUCUCCCCUUCAGUUAGUCAUCUCUGCCUGGUAAGCCCCCAGCCCUGUGCCUAGCGACUGUGUUUCGUUGGCAAACUUAAUUAAGUCAGGAGGGCCCUGGAGGAUUAGAUUAAUACUGUGCCACUUACUACCGAGUGAUGUCUUGGCAUCGCCACCAAGGUUUGUUUUACAAAGAGUUUAAAUUUUUAAUUAUUGUUAAUAAAUUUCCAUUUUUAUACUUUAAUUGGAAUCGUGUCAGUCUCUGGUGUCUCUCGUACCUGUGUGACCUUUCUUUUGUCUGUAUUGGAGUCGUGGUCCUCCCUAAAUAGAUCUCCUGGGGGUGAAACUCCCCCCAGGUGGCGUUGUUGGACACGUGGUAAAUAACAAACAUACAUCUAACCCUCGUAGUCUUGCCACACUCGGUUGCUUCGCCGGGCCUGCGGGAGAUCAGUGCGUAAAUACCCGCCAUAAGUAGCACCUGAAGACUAGGGAGGGAGUUCAGUCAGAUUCUGGUUGAGGCAGUUUUAGAGGGACGGAGCCAGGGAGACGAGUCAGCUGUUUCCGCUGCAGAGAGCUUAGUGACAGAGCAGCUGAUUGAGCCUGUCGGUAUUAUUGUGGUUAUUCGGUUUGUGCUGAGUCAUGGCUUCGGUGGAAGAUUUUUUGAAAGCUCCAUCAGAGGAGCUGUUGGACCGCUGUUCACGGGAGCAGUUAGUGAAAAUAGCAGAGUACUUUAAAAUGGAUGUGGGGGAUAAACGAUCAAAAGAAAACAUGAAACACAUCCUGAAAAUGAACCUACUUGAUGCAGGGGUUCUCCAGCCUAUAAAGUUCAAGCUGUUGAGGCUGGUUUAGACUCUGGUGUAGCUGCUCUGAGCAGUUAGACUUUAACAUUUGAGUAGCGUGAGAGGUUGCUGAUGUUACAAGUCGAACUGAAAAAGCUUGAGCUGGAGGAGCGCAUGUUAAGCCUGAGAUCUGCUGGGGUCGUGGGUCAGACUCCUGGGGGUUCGUCUGGUCCUCCACCUUCAUUUGAUGUGUCCAUGAAUCUGCGGUUGGUUUCUCAGUUUUGUGAAGGGGAUACUGACACGUUUUUUUCCCUGUUUGAGAGAGUGGCUGAGACCAGAGGUUGGUCUGAUGCUGAGAGGACGUUACUCCUGCAGUGUGUUCUCACAGGUAAGGCUCAGGAGGCGUAUUGUGCUCUUGGUGUUGCAGGCAGCAGGGUCUAUAUUUCAGUCAAAGCCGCUGUUCUUAAGGCCUAUGAGUUGGUGCCCGAGGCCUACAGACAGAGGUUCAGGUCAUGGGAGAAGUCGGGUCGCCAGACUCACAUGGAGUUUGCCAGGGAGCUAAGUACACAUUUCCAUCGGUGGUGUUCUUCACUAAAUGUUCAUACAUUUGACGCUCUGUGUGAGUUGGUUAUUCUGGAGCAGUUUAAGGAUUCAGUUCCUCCACAUAUUGCUGUCUAUAUUAGUGAGCAUAAGGUGAGGACAGCAGAGGAAGCUGCGGCCCUCGCCGAUGAUUAUGUAUUAACUCAUCACGGUGAUUAUGACUAUCGAGCUCCGGAAUCUGGUAAAAGUAGAAUGGAUAGGUCCGUGCAGAAUCAGACACAGGGGGAUCAGAAAAACAUCUGUCACUACUGUAGAGGCAGGGGACACUGGAAGGCUGAAUGUCCGCUAAAAGGUCAUUCUGAAAGUGGGCAGGUGGAGCCUGUUGCGCUCGCUGCUCCUGGCAGGAGGUUAACCAGUGUUCUCUCUACUGGUGUCAGCUCUCGCAGAGUUAAGGGGGAAUCUGCAGGGGACUAUGGGAGAUUGCAGUCUGACUUCUCAGCUUUUGUGUCUAAUGGCUACGUGUCACUGGUAGGUAGUGAUGUAAAGUACCAGUUAAAAUCCUGAGAGAUACAUGAGCGAGUCGCUCAUACAUUGUGAGUUCUGUGCUGCCGUUCUCUCAGUUCACUGCUACUGGUGGUAACGUUUUGAUGCAGGGAAUGGGGUUGGGUGUGCUGCCUAUUCCAGCCCAUGAACUGGUGCUAGACUGUGGUUUGGAUCAGGGUGAGGUGACCAUGGGGGUGCGACCAGCUCUACCAGUCCAGGGGGCGCAGGUUAUUUUGGGGAAUGACCUGGCUGGUAGCUGUGUGUGGGCUGAUGGUCCACCUCAACCUGUGGUAACAGCUUCUCCUGGUGUUGUAGAGUGUUUUGCUGGUGGCGGUACAGCUGCCCAGACCGUAUGGGCUAGAGAGGCAGAAUCAGACCUGGAGCUGAGUGGUACUGAGGAUAGUGGGUCCUUCACUGUGGGGUUACCUGAUGUUUUUCCUUCAGUUUCUCACAGUGACCUGGAAGCAGAACAACAAGCUGAUCCUUCUCUUAGUGCGAUGUUUGAUUCUGGGCUCUUACAUGGGGAGAGUUCUGCACCAGGUUAUCUGGUAAACAACAACCUGUUGCUAAGGAAAUGGGUGCCAAAGGGGAAAGGUUUCAUUGGUGAUCCUGUUUUUCAGACUGUUGUGCCUUCAGCGUUCCAGGGGGAAGGUACUGGGGACAUCAUAUGGUCGGUGUGGACAUCUGGGGGUACAAAAGAUGUACUGGUACAUCCGUAAGUACUUCUUUUGGCCUCGCAUGAAGGCCAGCUUUCCCCUUCUCUGAGUAAAGAGUGCUGGUAUGACCGUGAGGCUGAGGUUAACCGGCUCGUCAGUCGGUUUAAGCCUAUGCCCUGCAGCAUCAGACCCGUGAAGGGGUGCAUGAACUGGUGACUGAAUGUUGGCCAUAGUUGUCUUUUACCAUCCCACUGUUUGGAUGCACGCCACAUUAGCUCUGAAGAUGUGGUGGCUGUUUGUCCAGAGUCCCUGGUUUGUAAAACUGUGCUCAUUGGAUUCAUGCGUGGUCCUCCUGGUUCCUGUUUGUUUCUCCUCCUACACGCUUAAAAAUGCUCCUCCUGCCACCAGAGGUUGCUGGGUGCAGCAUGGAGAUGAGGGGUUGCCUGGAGUGGUCUACGUAGGACUGGUGAGUACGAUGGCUUGGACAUUGUGUCCAGUCGACUGAAAUUUGUCAGUAUAGGAGUCUGUACAGUUUCCGGGGUGUGGGAAAUUGGUGACCAAUUCAACUUAAAGCAAUGAGUUUGUGUUGUGUAUUGUUGAUGCGGCUGUUUGAGAUUUCCCAGGGGGAGCAUCGUCUUAAGGGGGGGUGUGUGUGAUGACCCUUCAUCUGGACACCAGGUGUGCCUGAUCAGGAGCUGAGGGUCGCCACCUGACUGAGCCACACCUGCAAUCAGUGGCUCCGCUGCAUUUAACCGCUCUCCUCUCCAAUUGAGAUGGGCCUCGCUGACAGGAGCUGGUGUCUGCAGAGCUCCAGCCUCACGUGUGGGUUUUUGUGGCGUUUGGGCCUUGACGGCAGUGUGGACUGCUUUUGGAUUAGGCAAUAAACAUUCGUUUUUCACCGUACAGUGGUUGUCUCAGAGUUUUUGUUGCAACUGAG